CCUGGGACUUUUGUGUUUGUUUCCGUAUAUAAGGAGUGUGGCCAGGUCUGGCCACCACUUGUUGAUUUGUCUACGCAAAAGUUCGAUCAUGAAGUUGGAUCUGUUGCUGAUCUGUCUGGCUGUGGGCAUCUCCGUGCCAGCAUCGGACGCAGGGGUGACGGAGGAGCAAAUGUGGGCCGCUGGCAAGCUGAUGCGUGACGUCUGCCUGCCCAAGUUCCCCAAGGUGAGCGCGGAGGUCGCCGAUGGCAUACGCAAUGGACAAAUACCCAACAGCAAGGACACCAACUGCUACAUCAAUUGUGUGCUGGAAAUGAUGCAGGCCAUCAAAAAGGGCAAAUUCCAGGUGGAGGCAUCGCUGAAGCAAAUGGAUGUGCUGCUGCCGGACAACUACAAGGCGGAGUAUCGUCAGGGCAUCACUGCCUGCAAGGACUCCACUGUGGGCCUGAAGAAUGCCCCAAACUGUGACCCCGCCCAGGCGCUGCUCUCGUGCCUCAAGUCCAACAUCAAGGUCUUUGUGUUCCCCUAAACGGAGCACAAGUUGUAGCUAGUUCCCCCAGCCAAUAGCUAGUUCCUGUGCAAUCUGUAGA